CCUUAUCCCAAACAACCCUAAUAUUCCCUCAUAAGUAUACUACAAACAAUUUAUAUUAGAUAUUAGCACUAUGAUGCAAUUUCCUUUAUAUAUUGGUAAAACAAACACACUAAAUAUAUCGCUGGCACACUCCACUUCGUUCGGGUAAGAAGACCAUCUACUAGAUUCGCGGAUUUCCACUUGCAAGAACGCCAAUACGGAAUUUAAACAUACAAAACGCUGCUUUGGUGAGUACAUCAAGCCCGACCACAGCCAGCAGCUCCAGGCCCACCCAGGUCUCCGCCGUCGGGGAGCCACACCACUCUAGCACCCAGCCAUACCCGUGGGCACUCACACCCGCAACAGACACUCGCUAAAGAGAUAACAGACCAGUCAAAUAGAGGACGACCAAUCCUCUAUAACGGGAAAACAGGACCAUCUUACAUUAGAGAAAUAAAAGAGAAUUCUUCUUUUGAUAGCACGAAAUGUUAACCACAAGAUUCGGACGCCUUCUUAGACCAUGCAGGACUGUGAUCGGUUCGUCCAACAAAGUCAAGUUCUCCACACGUCCGGUCUCCCAAAGAUAUGAAGUUGAAGAUGGGCGUGAGUUCAAGUGGCUUUGGCCUGCCAGUAGAGAGGAGGCGAUGUUCAAAGCAGCACACGACAUAGGAUGCAAGACUCUUAAUGCAAUCUACAGAUACAACACCGUCAAGCCCUUGGACCCUGGACACGUGGAGCAAGCCCUGAGGCACUUUCAGAGAACGAUGUUAGUCAAAGGAUUUAGACUUCUACUUAGGCCUAACAGGCGCGUGAUUUGUUCACCCAACAUCGCUAAUCUUUCCACACAAACGGAUCCUGAAAAUGAGUCUUCAGAGGGGCGUGAGUUCAAGUGGCUGUGGCCGGCCUAUAGAGAGGUGGAGAUGAUCAAGGCGGGACACGACAUCGGAUGCAAGCACACAGGCGGGCGCUACAGGUACAACACCGUCAAACCCCUGGACCCUGGACACGUCGAACAGGCCCUGAGGCACUAUCAGAGGAAGAUCCAAAACUGCCGGUGCUUCCUCAGGGAACGUGAAGGCAAGAUGUGGGUCUGUGAGGACCCAAAUCCAGACAUUGACUUUGAGUACCUUGAGGGAGCUGAGAGCAAUGACGUCAUCAAACAGCUCACAGGUGAACCUUUCCUCGCCGACUGGACACCCACCUGGAAGGCGAGACUCAUCCCUGUGCCCGCCGAUGCCCCCUGCCCCAUUCCCGAAAUAAAGGCAGCUUUCCCCUACCAGUAUGACCUCGUCAUGUUGCCCCACCAUGCAUUAAUCGAUGGGUUCACUAUGUCUGUUAUCACUGGCAAACUUGUAGGACUGCUAAACGACGUUAUAGCCGGACGACCCAUCGACGACGAACCCUUUGGGGUCUAUCUGAACAACGAAGAAAUUGUCAAGAUUGAUGAAGAGAUCGCGAAGGCCUUCGAGAAGGAACCCAAGAAAAUUGAAGCGAUAAAGCAAGAGCUCCUGGCAUGCGACACCGCACCCAUCCUCUGCAAGGCCUUCCCGCCCCCUGGAGGGAAGCCUUCAACUGACUUUGUCUACCGGAACAUCAACCAGAAAUCCCUGGCUUCCUUCACGGCGAAAUGCAAAGCCAAUGGCGUCACCUUCAACAGCGGACUGGAGGCUGUGAUCAAUACUGCUAUUAUUGAGAUGGUGCGGGAGGCGGGCGUGGAGGGGGAGUCUCACCACAUGAGCAUCAACCUGGCCACGGAUCUGAGACGCUACAUGAAGCGCCGCCCCCUCCCGAUCCUCGGCUUGCACGUGCGCCCAACUGUGCACAGGAUAGAGACGCCCUUCGACGUCCGGGACAACUUUUGGGACUACACCAGGAAUCUCCACCAAAGGCUCUCGGUUCUCCUGAAAUCUGGCGAAGCCCUUCAGCAGAACGUGGUGAGGGAGAUGACCCUGCCGCAGCUCCCUCCAGUGGAACACCACGCAGCAGGACCUAAAGCCUUGCGUGACUACGGCGUCACUAACGUCGGAGACCUCACGGUCCUCAUCCCAGGCGUCGGGGAGCACCUCCAGCAGACGGACCUCGCCAUGUUCAACUGCACACACUACUCUGGGUUCCCGAUGCUUCACCAGAUCUACACCUUCCGAGGACACUCGCCCUACACACUCAGCUACGACACCUCUUACUUGGCUGAAGACACUGCUGUCCAACUCAUGGACAGGAUUCUCGCACUUAUGGACGAGCUUGGGACAUCGCCAAACACUGAUGGAAAAUAGGUUUGGUAAGGGUAAAAGGCCACUGCAGGAACUGCAUGAUGCGUAUGAGGUUAAAUUGUAUUACUUCAGUUCAUUUUUUUCCGACUGUUCAUUCGAAAUAUGAAUUUUUUUUUUUUUUCUUUAACGUUCUGUGAAAUUACUGUAUAACAAAAUAUCGAUAGAUUUUUUACUAUCUUCAGUUUACUAGCACGAUUUUUCGAAAUGAUAUAACACUAUUUGCAUGACUUAGGUAUUACAUAAUAUCGGCAUAUUGUUAACUUUAUAUUCUGCUGACUUUCUGUAUGAGAAAAUACUUAUUUUAUGACAAAGGAUCCAUGCAAAGAUCCUGAAUUUAGUAGAUUUUAAAUCCAUUCUCCUUUACUUAAAGUGGCAUUCAUUCUGUAAGAGUUUUUCAUUCGUUUGGAAUUCUGUGCCUCUUAGGCUGGUGUGUGAUUCUCUUCGAAAGAAAAUGAUGUUUUUGCAACAUUUGACGAUGGAUCAAUAUAUAGUUAAUUUCUGAAUG